CUCAAAUCGGCCGGUAUCCAAUUCACACAGGGGCUAGACAUUGCAGAGGUUCAACCAUGUACAGACAAAGCGCCCUUCUAGGGCUGCUGGCCGUGCUAAUCGGCUGCGCGGCGUCUUCAGCCACCACCGUGGAUGUCUACCUAAACGCCGCUAGCGGUGUGAUUGACCUCUCGUGGGACAACGGGCCACAGAACCUUAUCGCGCAGCUGUCCAGCGCGUUCACCGCGCAGGUGGCCUCCGGCGCGCCGAUGGGUGCCGCGGAGCCUGCUGCCUUUGUGUUGCCGGCCCAAACCGGCCAGGCUUCGUUCAGCUCUGUCGAGGACAUGGACGCAAUCUCGCAGUACAUUGCUGCGGGGCGCGUUGUAAUUGCCCUGGAUUCCUCGUCUCACAGCGGUGCAGACUUCGCUGCCAAGGCCCUCAACUAUGACGGUAACUGGAUCUCUUGCAAGGCCGCCGGUGACAACGCGCAGGCCGCGGCUGUUCCCAGCGUCACAGAGCAGGCUUCCGAGUUUCUUGCCGGCUCGUGGCCCAAGACGCUCGAGAACGUCCGAAUUACCAGUGCCAGCACCGUGUGCAGCCACGAGGACUCCAGUGCCGUGGUCAUCCCCCUCUACACGUACGAGGACGGCGAGGACGUGCGCGUGGUUGCGCAGGCCUUCGGCAAGGUGGGAGUUGCCGGCGCUGUCGUCGUGCUGGGCUAUAACUGGAAGGCCGGCCCCCAGGAGCAGUGGGGCGCCCUGCUGAACAAGAUCAUCGAGGACUUCGCCGCCGGCACCUACACCGCCCCCGAGGAGGGCGUUCAGUCGACUGUGUUUGACUCGGUGCUUGACGGCGCCGCUGACGCGGCCGCCGAUGCCACCGAGGUGGUGCGCCGCUUCCUGCAGACCGCCGCCGCUGGCGUCUACCCCGGCCCCCCCAGCCCCCCCAGCCCCACCCCUGCUUCGCCGAGCCCUCCCUCGCCUCUGCCUCCGGUGCCUCCCUCGCCUCCCCCGAACCCGCCCGGCAUUGCCCGCGUGGUUGAGAACUAUGUCAUGACCAUCGAGGGCGCCAAGCUGAACUUCCAGACCCCCGAGGACGUCAAGGCUUACGUGGAGAGCCUCAAGCUCGCCUUCGCCAACGCCUGGAAGGUGCUGGCCAGCCAGGUGCUCAUCCGCCAGGUCACCAUCAACGGAGUCAGCCUCAACGCCCUGGUCGGCGUGCAGUACUGGCGCCGCCGCGCCGCCGAGGGCAAGGCCGCCGAUGCCGUCCAGGCCGAGCCGUCGGUCGCCCUGGCCACGGUCCUGGAGGCCAUGGGCCCCGAGCUGGCCCGCGGCGUGGUCCGCCUGGUGCUGGAGGAGCGCGUCCCCGCCACUGCCGACAUGGUGAUGAGCCUGAUGGACACGGACGCGGCCUCGCUGUCCGACACCGCCGUCAUCCGCCGCGCCCUGGCUGACGAUAACGGCAACGGCAACGGCAAUGGCAAUGGCAAUGGCAACGGCAACGGCAACGGCAACGGCAAUGGCAAUGGCAACGGCGGUACCAACAAUGGCAACGAUCUGAAGGGCACCCUCUCCAUCGCCUUCUCCAUUGUGCUGUUCGUGGAGGUGCCUCUGCCGGUCAGCCCGCCCCUGCCCCCUGGCGGCACGAACCCCCCAUCUCCCCCUCCCCGCCCUCCCCGCCCGCCGCCCGUGGACCUCAAGGCUCUGGAGAAGCAGCUGGGCGCCAAGAAGAUCGCCGCUGGCUUCCCUCCCCCUCCCCGCGGUUCUGGCCUGGAGGGUGCCCCCUUCCUCAACUUCCGCAACCUCACUGGCCAGGGCUCCGUCGGCAAGACCCGCGCCCUGGUGUGGAACACCGAUGCCGACUUCAAGAAUGAGCUCACUCCCUACGGCCCUCUGCAGCUGGUGGACCUGAACAAGACGGACUGCACGGCCGGCAAGGCUCUGUGCGCCGGCUGCGCCCAGGCCUGGAAGGCCACUAGCUCUGUGGUGUCGGUGCCCAUCUUCUUCAAGGACCCCAUGAACAUCAACCGCAUCUACAUCAAGCAGCUGAAGAACUCGGGCGUCGUCAAGGUCCAGGCCCUCAAGUGGAGCUACCCCGCCGCCGGCGUCGUCUCGGACGCCACCCUGGGGCGCGUGCUGUACACCAAGCCCACCGACGAUUCCACCGCCUGCCAGACCUGGCUCACCGUGCGCGUCGGCAAGGUGCGCUCCGGCAUCAUGGCCCCCGUCCCCGCCAACGGCACCCAGGCCACCCUGCCCGCCAAGCUUCUGGCCAAGACCAUCGGUGGCGUGGUCAUCACCGUCGCGCGCCCCGCCAAGGCCGGCCCCAACUACGGCCCCUACAUUGAGUACGUGCGUUUUGGCGGCCGCGCGAUCUACCCCACCAACCCCGCUGAGUACCUGGCGCCCGGCGUCGCCAAGAAGAAGCUUUAAACGGCUUCCCUUGAGAGAGCGGUUGGUUCGCUUCGCGCUGCGCUGCGCGGAUGACCCAGCUGUGAUUAAGAGCUGUCGUCAUCAUGUGCGGCGCUGGAAGCGGAAGGGUACUGACCUGCGGGCAGGGUUCCGGGUGUCUUGCUUAAUGCAAUCCAUGGAAUCGAUUACGGAGUGUCUUCUGAUUUCCGGAGCACCCCUAGCGCAUUUGUGAAUACCGUGCACAGGGCUUCUUUUUAAGAUAUGAGACAUGCCGGGCGCACUGACUGGCCAUCCCGUGUGUUUCCAACAACAUUUUGCCGAGAGGGUUACAUAUUGCGUUGCGUUGUGCAGGCCUGCGGGAGGGCUUGCGAUGUGUUUGCGGGAUGCACGUCACAGUGUUAUGGCGUGGGUUGGGUUCGUUCUCGGCCAUGCAGGCUAGCCGCCAAAUGCGGACGGUUCCUCGACUCCUGCCAUAAAUUUGCAUCAUCACCCGUGUGCGUGCUCGUCUGGCGGCGUGCUUGCCGCCGGUGCUCAUUCUGCCUAAAAGCCACAUGCGCUGUCGUACAUAACAGGACACUGGGGAGGGAACGGCGCGCGGGGAGAUCAUGUUCGUUUGGUUGCUUCGUCGUACCGUACAUAUUGCAUCAGGAAUGAUGAGUGUUUCAGGGCAGCCGACUGUUGGUUUUUGAGGGUCAGGCGGGUCAGGCGGGUCAGGCAUGUGGACUGUUGAAAGCGUAAGCCUUAUGCAUUUGCGGCACUUCCGCGUCGUACAUAUUCAAGGAUGGCUUAUGGUGUCCCUAUACAGAGGCUGUGCAAGCACGGCGUACAUGACUAGGACGAUUCUGACACAGUGUGCCUGACGCUGGAGUACAUCUGUCCCGGGCAGUGGUAGUUCUGCUGGUGAGAGGGGGUAUGCCUUCCUGCCUUACAUGCCGUCCUCUCGACACGUCAUGGCAAGCAGUGUACGUGGUGACUUUAACAAGGAGCACUAGGAGAGUGAUUGCUGCUAUUGCUGCUACGCCAAUGGCGGGCUCAGUUGUGCUUGGAGCAGCCGUAUGCUUGUGGUGGCGUGUGUAUAUCAUGUGGACAUGUAUGGUUGUUGGAAAAGGCUUCGGAGGCUGCCCGGGUUGGCAAUACAGGUUCAUGACGUGAAAACGAAACUAGCUGAGACGGGCUCACUGGAAAGCUGUGGCAGAACGCAGGGCCAUAAGAAGCAUUUUGGUGCGUUUUGCCAGUAAUGGCAGAGUCAGGAUGUCAUGCAGGAUGGAGACUCAUUAUUUUGAGGGGUACACAUGCCGCCCCUACUGUCAAUCUCGCGAGAACCGCAGUGCCAGACUUUGCGUGCCCCAUGCACGAUGCUGGCGUGGUGCGACCUCCCAUUUAUGCAGUUUGGCACCGGCGCACGCUGUAGCGGUUGUGUGCAUGUCACUGUGUGCGCUUGCGGCUUACUCCGGUGCACGGUCAAUGUGGCAUUGGAUUGGAGACUUGGUUGUACCUAUUUGCGCACCACCAGCCGUGGCUACUGGCUGUGUAUUUCAUCGUCACCUAAUCUUCGGGGUCGGCAUACGGGCGCUGUGCUGCAGAGCUCGUGACGGCGCUGGGGUGCAAGGUGGUUCUGCUUCCUUGCGAGCAUCCCGGUUCUGUGCUGCCGGCUGCCCUGCUCCAAGUGAAUACGCCAGCACCCGUGCACGCUUCAACCCACGCUUUCUUUCUGCAAUCAUGGCGUGUGUGAUUGCCGGCCAGGUCAUUGACGCUCGAUUUGUCAUUUAUGUGACCGGAUUUGCGUGAAGAUAUGGGGUCGGUAGGAUUGGGGUGGCAGGAUGACUGCGGAAUAGCAACGGUGCUGGAACGUAAGCACAAUACCUGCGCUGGGCGAGUGCGGCUGUCGCAGUCUAAGAAGCGACGAGGUUAGGCACAGGCUGGUCCAUGCUGUGGGUGGGGUUUGUUGCGCCCCCGAGCACAUGCAGUGUCCCAAACCAUGUGCUGAACCUUGCUGCUCUUUUUGACUGCCCGGAGGAGGCUUGGAAAUACGCCGCGCACUUGGGCAACGCCCAGCCCCCUGGUGGAAUGGCCUGGUGGAUGGUUUAUUGGUACUGCAGAUAAGCAACCAUGGUUGCUAUGAAUAAGACCAGUACGGUACGCAGGACUCAAUAUGGACGCACGAAGUUGUAAUUCACGCAGGCU